AUGGCUCAUUUGAAGUCAUUAGCUUUCAGUGCUUUGCUGGUUUCGACCUUUUUUAUGGUUUCCCAAAGCCGAGUGGCAAGAAAAGAUCUGAAUUUGGACUUGGGUAAUGUAGGGCUUGGGCUUGGAAUAGGCCUUGGAUUGGGAGGUGGGAGUGGUUCGGGUGCGGGCGCAGGCUCUGGCUCGGGCUCAGGGUCUAGUUCAAGUUCUAGCUCUAGCUCGUCUUCAUCAUCAUCGAAUUCGGGUUCUGGCUCGGAAGCAGGCUCGUAUGCUGGCUCGAGAGCAGGGUCAGGGUCAAGUGGUAAUCGAGGAGGAGGAAGCCGUGGCCAAGGUUCGGGGCAUGGGUCUGGUUCUGGAUAUGGCGAAGGGUCGGGAGAGGGAUCUGGCAGGGGAAGCGGGUAUGGUGAAGGUGGCGGGUAUGGGUCAGGUUCCGGUGGGGAGAGCAGGCGGCAUCUCAAUCUCUUCAUUGUCAGAGAGCAGGCGGCGAGACAGUGGUCACUUCUCCAAAAUUCAUGGCAUGAUCUAUUUGUGGGUUUUAUCGUUUAUCUUAGUUGGGGCGUUGACAAAUCUUGGUACAAUUUGGAUGAGAAAUUGCAAACAACUAAGGUCCAGGAGAUGUCCUGUGCAAAGUCUUGUUGGUUUUACAGUACUUUUUCGGCUGCAUGCAUUGGGUUAUAUAACCAAGAAACCUAGAGAAUAAAAUCAAUAUUAAUUGAAAUUUCUGCUUGAUCAUAGAGGUGAGUUUUCUUACUUUUGGUAUAUCUUUGGCCCUUCUUAAUUUUGUGACUUUAAUGGAACUGAAUUUUCUGUUCCAAAUAAUUUGAAACAAAUUAGUGUUUGAAUAUCGAAAUACUCUAGCAUGGCAAAAUACUGAGCUUUGGUAGUGAGCAUGUUUGAUCGUAUUCCAACAGCGCUUUAGUAGUCGAAUCGUAUUUGAGAAAAGUUGUGGUUACCUCUUUUGAUUCUUUCAGCUCUUUACCUAUUUGGGUUUAAUUAUAUUUUUUUGUCUACUUUUUUAAGUUUUAUUGCAUAA